AGAUCCGAGCCAAGCACAGAGCUGAAUUGCCGCAACAAUCCUGUUUCAGAAUACUCCAGAACAUCUUUUGGCGACAUAUAUAUACCACCGCCCAAGUCAGAAAAAAGUUCCACACCACCUCGCCCUUGCUACCUGCUCUCAACCUUUUUCGGAACAAAUCAACUCAACAACAUGUCUUGCGGCUGCUCUUCUCAACAAACCCCCAACUGCUGUGGUACCGCCGAGACCCAGUCCAAGUGCUCCUGCCCCCCUGGCAACUGCCAAUGCGAGUCUUGCCCCAAGUCCAGCAAGACCGAGGCUUCCGGUGCUUGCAACUGUGGCGAAGAGAAGAAGGAGAAGACCCAGACCUGCGGCUGUAACGGCUCUGGUGCUGCCUGCACUUGCGCACCCGGCCAAUGUGCUUGUGCCAACUGUGAAAAGCCCGCUCAGACCUGCAGCUGUGGUGGUUCCGGUGCUGCCUGCACUUGUCCCCCUGGCCAAUGCGCCUGUGCCAACUGUGGUGAGAAGGAGGUGAAGGCUCAGACUUGUGGUUGCGGCGGCGAAGGUGCUGCCUGCACUUGUGCUCCCGGCCAGUGCGGCUGCGCUAGCUGCCCUGCUCAGGCCAAGGAGGCCCCUGUCAGCAAGCCUACUACUUGCGGGUGAGUCAAUUUCUGUUUUCCAACGUUGGGGGCAGCUGAGGAUCGGGCGUCGUGGGCGUUUUGGGCGAGGGGUGAGGGAGCUUUUGUUGGUGGAAAAUCAAAGUCGAUAUGCUGACGCCUUAGAUAGCUGUGAUGGCGUUGGAGUCGCCUGCUCUUGUCCCCCUGGAGAGUGCGGCUGCGCCAGCUGCCCGGCCAAGCAGUAGACUCGCUAACGCUGUCUGGCUUUGAUCCUGGUCUGAUGAUGUUUGUACACUUCAUAUAGUGGGUUGCAGGGUGAUGCCUAUGCAAAAUUGUGCAUCGAU